UAUUCAUGACAUAUCACACACACACACACACACACACCCUACUCUCUUUCUUUUUCUGCCUCUUUUACAGCCACACACUUUCUAUAAACUGUAAAGCAUACGGACCCUAUGAAAAACCUCGUCGUAUUUGGUGGCUCGUCAUACCCAGAGCUGACAGCAGCCGUGUGCAAUCGGCUCGGCAUUUCUUCCGGCAAAAGCAAGCUGGCCAAGUUCAGCAACAAUGAGACCAGUGUUGAAAUGCGCGAAUCUGUUCGAGAACAAGACGUUUAUAUUAUUCAGUCCGGCUGUGGUACCGUCAAUGACAAUUUGUUUGAACUCUUAAUCAUGAUCAAUGCCUGCAAAGUUGCAUCGGCCAAGCGCAUUACAGCCGUUUUGCCUCAUUUCCCUUAUAGCCGUCAGCCUGACGUGCCGUACAAGGCUUCGUCAGGCGCUCCUCUUGCAAGCUUGCCUCCUGCUACGCCUCGUAACGAUAAACUCAACACUGCAACAACAGCAUCAACGGACGACGUGUCCCGUCAGCUUAUGAACAAGCUCGCUAAAGUAUCGUUGGAGAAUAACAACAGCAGUGGUGGCGCUGGUAAUUCGUCGCAAUAUCGUCAAUGGGUCGCACGGUCUGGAACACUGGUAGCCGACUUACUGACCUGUGCAGGCGCCGAUCAUAUCAUCACCAUGGAGAUGCAUGACCCUCAAUUUCAAGGCUUUUUCGAUUGUCCAGUUGAUAAUCUCGUCAGCUCGCCGCUGAUGAUUAAUUAUAUCCGUCAUCAAAUCCCGAAUUAUCAGGAUGCAGUCAUUGUAUCGCCCGACGCCGGUGGUGCUAAACGAGCAACAGCAAUUGCCGAGAAAUUGCGUAUGGACUUUGCAUUGGUACACAAAGAGCGCCGACAAGUAUCAACCAACAAACGCGACCUUAUGCUGGUAGGCGAUGUCCGAGGUAAAGACAUCAUCAUUGUCGAUGAUGUCACCGACACAAGCUAUACUAUCACUCGAGCAGCACGGAUGUUACGUGAAAACGGUGCUCGUAAAAUCUACGCGCUUGUCUGUCACGCCAUCUUGUCUGGCAAUGCCGCCCGUAAUAUCGAAGACAGCUGUAUUGAUCAGUUGAUUGUCAGCAACACGAUCCCCCAGCACGAACACUUGCGCGACAGCCCCAAGAUCAAAGUAUACGACGUGGCCCCUAUUUUUUCAGAAGCUAUUCGAAGGACCCAUUUUGGCGAAUCGGUUUCUAUGCUUUUUGAUGCCCAAUUUGACACCAUAUAGACAGUUUUUCUUUUACUUGUUGUUUCCCCUUUUUAUCUUCCCAUCAUCAUUCUUCUUUGAAAAUCACUAGAAAGCAAAAGUUUUCAUAAAGUUUUGAUCUUAAUUAUUGUACAGUCAUGAGAAUACUGGUUCCACGACCGGGGUGUUCAACUGAUGUGCCCCACUUCAUUUCUUUCUUUUGGGAAAAAAAUACGAACGAUUGUCAACGAAAGUGAUUGCCGCGAGGGUCUACGGGUUAUAUACUGUUUAUGGAUAACAGUAACUUACACAAGUGGUGAGAUAAA